AUGGAGAGGCGCUCCCCAGAGCAGCGGCCCCCGGCCACGAGCACCACCCAGAGGCAGGUGCGCGAGUCCCCCUUUAAGGACAAGGAGAAUAAGGCUCAGAAAAGUGAAAGCCACGUCCUCCCUUUGGUAAGAACGAAGCAGCGCAGCCGGGACAGUCCCGAGCUCCUGCUCUGGGAGCCCAGGCUGAAGCUGCUCGAGUCCAUCUUCCACCGCGGCCACGAGCGCUUCCGCAUUGCCAGCGCCUGCCUGGACGAGCUGAGCUGCGAGUUCCUGCUGGCCGGGGCCGGAGGGCCCGGGGCGGGAGCCGCGCCCGGACCGCAUCUGCCCCCGCGGGGGUCGGUGCCGGGGGAGCCCGUCCGCAUCCACUGCAACAUCACGGAGUCCUACCCCGCUGUGCCCCCCAUCUGGUCGGUGGAGUCCGAUGACCCAAACCUGGCCGCUGUCUUGGAGAGGCUGGUGGACAUAAAGAAAGGGAAUACUCUGCUCCUGCAGCACCUGAAGAGGAUCAUCUCCGACCUGUGCAAGCUCUAUAACCUCCCUCAGCACCCGGACGUGGAGAUGCUGGACCAGCCCCUGCCGGCCGAGCAGUGCACACAGGAGGACGUGUCUUCAGAAGAUGAAGAUGAGGAGAUGCCUGAGGACACGGAAGACCUAGAUCACUAUGAAAUGAAAGAGGAGGAGCCAGCUGAGGGCAAGAAAUCCGAAGAUGAUGGCAUUGGGAAGGAAAACUUGGCCAUACUGGAGAAGAUUAAAAAGAACCAGAGGCAAGAUUACUUAAAUGGGGCGGUGUCUGGCUCGGUGCAGGCCACUGACCGGCUGAUGAAGGAGCUCAGGGACAUAUACCGGUCACAGAGCUUCAAAGGCGGAAACUAUGCAGUCGAACUUGUCAACGACAGUCUGUAUGAUUGGAACGUCAAACUCCUCAAGUGCGUGGGGGCG